CCGCUGAAAAGUAAAAACAGAUCUCUCUUCUCCCCUUCGACCACCUCCUGAUACGAGAAGGCCAUGGAUAUGGAGAUCGCGACUACCGGCGACGAAGAAGUAGACUUCUUGUCGGAUCCAAUGGACAGGUACAGAUUGCCACCCCCCCUCCCGGAAUGUACUUAAGUGUGCUGCUUGUUUUUUUUUAACAGAUUUCCCCUGCCGGAUCUGGCCGACGAAGAUCUGGUGCUCGCCCAUGGCAGAAGCCAAGCUGUAGUAUGCGAACCUGCUGAAUCCAUCAUUGGCGAAGCGGGGGACGCCGUACUAGCAGUGGAAAAUGACUUGAACAACACAUGUCAGGGGAUUGCCCUCUCUGCGCCAGCCUCCGAGCAAUCUACGGGGAAAGACGACCCUCAAGCCCCUGCCUGGGUGAGAAGGGAAUUCCAAAGAAGGGUAACAAACGAACAUGCCGAUGCAGAUGCCCCGCAAUGAUACGAUUGCUCCGGUCAUCUGACAAUGGCUGGUACAUAACCUACUACAGAUCAGAUCACAACCAUGCUCUAACUGAAAGAUGUGGGGAGAAACCGAGAAAGUGUACUGGCCUUCCCACAAACAUACCGAUAUAUACACACGGGAUGUCAUUAAGCAACUCCGUGAAAAUAACAUCAGUGUCGUGAAAGUUUACAAUAUAAUUGGUAGCUUCUUCGGGUCAAUGACCAAUAUACCAUUCACCAAAAGAGCUCUCCGAGGUUUGUGUGGCAAGAUGAGUCGAGAACAAGCCGAUAAUGAUGUGAAAAAGACAAUGGAUGUUUUUGCAGAGUUGGGAGCAAAAGAUUCAGGCUUGUACUACAGGGUGCAACCUGAUGUUUUUGCAGAGUUGGGAGCAAAAGAUUCAGAGUUGAGCUUGUCGGCGGCCGAUUCGCAGCUAUCAACAGGAAAAGAUGACCCGCAAGCCCCCGGGUGGACAAAAAGGGUUCGUAUUGGACGAGCCCCUAUCGAGCGUGCACCUUGUGCUGGAAGAGUGUGUGCCCUUGAAAAAACAUUAAGUGGAUAUGCAGAGAACAAAACUGAUACCAUUGUGGUAUCAGUUGUUGGAUACAACUUCGAUUCAUUGGGAGAAGCAUACGACUUCUACAAUCUAUAUCCGUGGGAAAUUGGUUUCGGAAUAAGAUACGGAAAAAGCAGACUCAAUGUCGAGAGAACCAAAUGUAUGCAAGAGAUAGUGCGUGGAUUCUCGGUGAGUGGAAAUUAAAUUCAUUAUCUCAUUCGUUGGAAUUGCCCUGCCGCGCCAACCUCGAAGCAAUCUACAGGCAAAGACGACCCUCAAGCCUUUGGCUGGACAAAAAGGUAUACCACUCUGCGAUUGUGCUUGUAGAUCGAACAUAGCUUAAAUUUGAGGGAUAUGUGCAAAUUUGAGGGAUACCACUCUACCAUUACUUCGGAGAAACAAAAGCACGACAUGUCCACGGAGGGUUGACCUCCCUCGAAGAAAAGGAAAGAAGCCAAAUGCUCAAUCUGUGGAGUGGGAAAGCAUUGGAAGAACACCUGCAACAAUCCUAAGAUUGUGUUACAUCUUGCCGAGAAAGCUGCCCAUGAACGAGCUGUAGAAAUGUGAUUAAUCUGUAUAAGCAGCGAGUAUCGCGUUUAUCACUGAAUUUGCACUGUUUCCCCUUGUAUGAUGAGUGAUCAGUAGCCAACGGUGUGAAAUAAAUUAUGUAUUGUCAGCUUAGUAAUUGUGACAAUGUUUCCUCUUGUAUUUGUCUGAACCUCUGAAUUAUGUGGCUAUGUGUUGUUUAAAACUAACUCUCAUGUUACCUAUGUGUGCUGCUGAUGACAUGUUCCACUAUUGGCCAUGAGAGAGAUUUUGUUUUC